GUUCCCCGGGCUCCUCGGCCCGGCUCCCCGCCCUCCCGGCGCCCGUCCUCCGGGCUCCUCGUCCGCCCGGCGCGCGGGCCGGGCCGCGGGCCCCGGGAGGCGCCGUGGGAGCGCCGGCGCCGGCAUGGCGGCCAUCACAGCGCUGCAGCAGUGGUGCCGGCAGCAGUGCGAGGGCUACCGGGACGUGAGCAUCGCCAACAUGACCACGUCGUUCCGCGACGGCCUGGCCUUCUGCGCCAUCCUGCACCGCCACCGGCCCGACCUCAUAAAUUUCGAUGCUCUCAGGAAGGAAAACAUUUACGAGAACAACAAACUGGCCUUCUGCGUGGCCGAGGAGCAGCUGGGCAUCCCGGCCCUGCUGGACGCCGAGGACAUGGUGGCCCUGAAGGUGCCCGACCGGCUGAGCAUCCUGACCUACGUGUCCCAGUACUACAACUACUUCCACGGGCGCUCCCCCAUUGGGGGCAUGGCUGGUGUGAAGAGGCCCCCGUCGGACACCAGUCCGGAGCCAUCUGGAAAGAAGGCCCUGUCCCAGCCCUCCGGGCCCUCGCCCACCCCAGCCUGGAGGCGGCGGCUGUCUCCAGUCAGCACAAACCCCACUGCCCAGCGGAAGGAUGGGGGCUCAGAGGGCUCCCCGCUGAAGCCCGGCCAGGCCGCCGUCGGCACCCCCAGCAGCACCUGUGGCGUCUGCGGGCAGCACGUGCACCUCGUGCAGCGGCACCUGGCCGACGGGCGGCUGUACCACCGGAGCUGCUUCAGGUGUAAGCAGUGCGCCAACACGCUGCACGCGGGGGCCUACAGGGCCACGGGAGAGCCCGGCGUCUUCGUCUGCUCCAGCCACCGCCCUGAGACGGCCUCUGCCGGCCCCGCGUCGCCAGGCUUGGCCCCCAGGGGGCCUGGGGCCGCGUCCACGGGCGUCAAGAGCCCUGACGCCCCGAAGAAGGCCCAGGAGGCGAGCGCGCAGAGAGGCGCAGGGCCGAAGGCCGGGCCGCCCGCCUGGGAGCCCGCGGUGGGCGGCUCCGCUCCAGCUGCGGCGGAGCCCCCGGCCGCCGCCGCCUCCUCCCGCGUCCGCGCGGGGAGCCCCGCCGGGCCCCGGCUCUCGGUGGGCCCCGUGGGUGGCACGCCCGGCACUCACGUGACCAACAGCUCUCCGACGGGGUGGGCGUCGCCGGCGGGCAGCCCUCGUCCCGCCGUGACCCCAGGAGCCCCGGACCCUCGCCCGGCCACACCGCAAGGCCGGGGGACCCCGCGAGGGGCAGCCCCCCAGACAGGGCUCCGUUCAAGGCCAGCGUCUCCGGUCCCAGCGAGCGCCCCGGCCCGGACCCCGUCGUCCUCCGGGACACAGCAGGCCCGGGAGAGGUUCUUCCAGACGCCUGGGGCCCCCCCCGGCCCUGGCCCGGCUGGCAGGGUCCCCGCUGCCGCGGACGCCCCUCCCAGGGACAGCAGCAGGGAGCAGGCGCUGAGCUUCCUCCGGAAGGCCCUCCCGGGGCUCAGGGCGGCUGGCGCUCAGGCCCCCCCCAGGCCCUCCCUCGCCACCAGCCCCGCCCCCAGCUCCCAUCCCAGAUCCGAAGGGCCAGGAGCAAGUCCAUCAGCCAAGCGGUCACAGGCGGCGUCUCCACAGGCCCUCAGCCCCCCUGCGAGGCCGGAGCCGCCUGCCCCGAGCCUGGGUGGCGCCUCACGGGCGUCCGCGCCGCCUCAGGCGGGCAGGAAGGGCUCGGCUGUGUCCUCAGGGCCCGUCGGGGCGGGGGCUGGCUCCAGGCUGAAGCCGGACGCCCCGCCGGCCAAGGGCCUGAGUGCCAGCCCCCAGGAGGGCCAGGAGGACGGGCCCGCAGGAUGGAGGGCCCGCCUGAAGCCCGUGGAGAAGAAAAGCCCUGCCGAGAGGGCCCCAGAGCUGAGGGAGCCUCAGGUCCUGGGGGAGCCGAGGGCGGGUGACGCACCCCGGAAGGUCUCCGGCAGCUCCGAGGGGCUUGUCCGCAGCACGCAGGCCCCCGUGCGGGUGGACAGCCUCCCAGCCGCAUCCCCCUCCCGGUCCCCGUCCCGCCGCAGGAAGCUGGCCGUCCCUGCCAGCCUGGACGUUUCUGGCAACUGGCUUCAGGCUGAGCCCUCGGGGAAGGAAGCCCCUGCCUGGAGCCGGAAGGAGGAAGAGAAAGCCCCUCCCCAGGGCAAGCCAGGGAGGCCCUCGGGCCCGGCCGGCGUCCCUGCUCUGCCUGGCGAGUCAGUGCCCUCCCCGGCCAGGCUGUGCCCGGACUACGUGCCCCAGGAGAUCCAGCGACAGGUGCAGGACAUCGAGGGGCAGCUGGACGCGCUGGAGCUCCGGGGCGUGGAGCUGGAGACGCGCCUGCGUGCGGCCCAGGGGGCGGCCUCCGAGGACGCCCUCAUGGUGGACUGGUUCCGCCUCAUCCACGAGAAGCAGCUGCUGCUGAGGCUGGAGUCCGAGCUGAUGUACACGGCCAGGGACCAGCGCCUGGAGCAGCAGCAGCUGGACAUCGAGGGGGAGCUGCGCCGGCUCCUGGCCAAGCCGGAGGGUCUCAAGUCCCCCCAGGACCGGCGGCAGGAGCAGGAGCUGCUCAGCCGGUACGUGAGCACCAUCAACGACCGCAGCGACAUCGUCGACCUGCUGGAUGAGGACCGGCUCAGGGAGCAGGAGGAGGACGCGACGCUGCACAGCAUGAUCCGGAAGCUGGACCUGCAGAGGAGCGGUGGAGAGCAGAGGAAGAAGCCCAGGUUCCGCUUGUCCAAUAUCUGGUCCCCGAAGAGCAGGAGCAGGACCCCCGAGUAGCUGCCUGGUGGGGCCCCAGGACCCUCGCCCGUGGCGGGGGUGAGCACGUGGGUGGCGGGACCUGCACCACCUUCUCCGGCAGGUCUGCGUGGCCUCAAUAAAGAAACUGACCCU